GAGAAUGUGUCUAUGAAUGUCAUUCAAGCCUGUGCGCGUGGUGACAGUUCUGGCAAGAGCCUUGCUGCCAUUAUGGACCGCUUCGGCUACUACCUCGCCACGUAUGAAGGUAAGAAAGGUAAGUUGGCGUCUAACACAGCCAUUUCAUACUUUAGAAACGUUAAGCUUUGGUUUUUUGAUGAGCAUCCUCAUCUUCGGGUUCCUACAGAGUUAAACCUGCUAAAGCAAGGCAAGACUUUGGAAAAACAUUGCUUGAAACGGGACAAUGGGGGAUUUACUAACAAAGCUCCGCCUUGCACGAAGGCGGAUUUAAGGUAA